AUGAACUGGAUUAAGGAAGGAAAAGUGACGCUCACAAACACAGAGAUUUUUGAGUCUCCUGGAAAGGGCAAAGGGCUCAGAUUCACCAAAGACAAUGUCUCCGGUAUUGUUCUGAGAGUCCCCAAUGAUCUGCUCAUUAACGCCGAACAUGUAUCCGCCUGGACCGAGGAGAACAAAUACCUCACCGGAGAGCAUUUGGAGUUUAUGAAAGCGUCAUUGGAAUGGCUAAAAUCUGAGAAAGAUGUCAUUGUGCUGUUCAUGGCCCUGCUGGCUUCUCAGAGCUCAUCUGGUAUGAGCGAUUAUGUGUCUUCUCUGCCCAAAAGUACGGAGAUGGACCAGCCCUGGUCUUGGCCCGAGACUGAGAUCUUUGAUAGUCUCAAGGGAACCUCUCUCCUCAUGGCGUGUGUUCACAAGAAAAUGCAUGUGCAGGCAAAAUAUUUGGCAAUUGUCGGCAAGAAAGGAGGAGAGAAACUAGUUUCAGAGCAACAGUUCUAUUUAUCCGAGCAAUGGGUUGUGUCUCGAAGCCUGGAAAUUCCUGAGUCUCCUGGAUCUGAAACGCUGGCUCUGACCAUGGUCCCUGUUCUUGAUUACGUCAACCACUCACCCAAGGCAAAUUGCCGAUUUGAAGUAGACAGUGGAGAGGUGGUUUUAAUUGUCAAUGAAGAUGUGCUAAUUAAGGCUGGCGAUGAGGUCUUUAUCAACUACGGACCUGAUAAGAGUGCCGCAGAGUUCCUUUUCUGCUAUGGCUUCAUUGAUGCUGCUCACGGGGUCACCAAGAGCAUUACCCUUGAGACUCCUCUCAUGCUGUCUAUGGAUGAGAUUGAUCCCGAGUAUCUCAUCAAGAACCCCGACUGCGACGCCGAGCUCAAGAGCAUGAUUCUCAAGUUCCAUAGCUACGGAGCUCGAUCUAGACUCAUCAAACUGGAGGCUCUGAAUGACGGCGAAGACAUCAUUGCCAAGGUCGACUGUGACUGGUUGUGGAUGCUUACCCUGCCCGUGGAAGAUCUCAAGAUCGACGAGACUACUGCAGCUGCUGAGUUCAAGGGAAAACCUCUCGUUCGAACCAAGACUGUUCGCGCACAGCUCAAACAGAUUCUGGGAGAUGAUCUUAACGAAUACAUCACCCAGACCAGCAGCAUGAAAGAGGACAUCGGAGACUACGUCGGCCAUCUGGUGAGAGAGGUGUUUAUUCCCCAGCUCGAUGUUGAGGCUAAAAGCAGUCACCCCAUGGCCGAACGUCUCAGACAGAUGGAAAAGUCCUUCCUCCAGUCUAUUGAUGACAUUGAGGUUUAG